UGCUGUACUUCAUUGUUUCAUGCUUUAAAUGUUAUAUUUUUUUGUAGUGUGUUAUUGUUAUUAUGACACAAGAUUAAGUUAGAACGAAGUUGUCAAUAAAAAAAUCGUCACAAAAAGUCACCUUCCAAGUAUUUAUUUUAUAUAAUUAGAAAGCAACUCAACAUAAUUGGCAUCCCUGGAAAUUUUGGAAAAGAGCAUGCAGUCUUUGAAAACAGAAAGAAAGAUUGUCAAGGACGCUGCAAGAAAACAUUUCCAAGAGAUUGAGAAGGUAGGACAGGAUGAUAAGGAGAAAAUAAGUGAACUACUGCAACAAGUUUUAGUCAAAGCAGAAAAGGUAUUUUCCCUAGACAACAAUAUAAAAGAAUUGCUUUGUAACGAAGAACCCAGCGACGAAGAUUUUAGUGAAGAAAUCACAGAGGAAAUGAAUUUUUGCACUGAGGUAACCAAGUAUACAAACAAAUGCAAUUUUUUACUGAAAAAAAAUAAAGAAGCAGAAGCGGAGGUUAAAAACGAAAAAAGAAAAGCUCCAAAGAAUUUUAACCUACCAAAAUUAGAAAUAAAAAAGUUUGACGGAAAUGUCAAACAUUGGAUAAAUUUUUGGGGUCAAUUUCGCAAGAUAGAUGAAAAUUCAGAUUUGCCCGAUGAAGACAAAUUCCAGUACCUUAUCCAAUCCACCGAAGAAAACUCGCCAGCCCGUAAUUUGGUAGAAAGCUUCCCACCCUCAGCAAACAAUUACGAAAUUGCCGUUGACCAACUCAAAACUAGAUUUGCAAGGGACGAGGUUUUAAUUCAGGUUUAUGUGAGAGAGCUUUUAAGCCUCGUUUUAAGUCAACAUAUUUCACCGGAAAAAUCAGGGUCUACUGAAGUUCCUAAAAGCCGAGGUGGAAGCAGACGAGCGAAUAAAACUUGCACAAAACAGUUUUUCUUUGGAAAAAGGAGUAAAAAUGGGUCAGGAUAGGUGUUCUGUAGAAGUGUUGCAUGUGAAAAAUACUGAGACUAAAGGUAAGCUCAAUUUUUCUUGCAUAUUUUGCGAUUCAAACUCUCAUAACAGUCAGGAUUGCAUAAGAGCACAAAAAAUGACGUUAGAACAAAAAAAGACAACUGUAGCAAAGAAAAGAGGUUGUUUUUCAUGUCUGAAACCCAAUCACAGUUUUAGAACUUGCAAAUCUAUAGUCAAAUGUGUAAAAUGUACACGAAAACAUCAUGCUCUUAUGUGUCCCGAUCUGCAUGAGAAAGAGAAAGGAAAGAAGGACGCAAAUAGGCAGGAGAGAAUUGAGCAAACAAUGACAACUGUCAAUUCAGAAACUUUGCUGCAAACAAUAAUUGUAAAAAUUAUUUCUGAUAAUAAUAGAUCAAGAACAGUAAGGGCUCUGCUAGAUUCUGGCUCACAGCGUUCAUAUAUAACAACAAAAUGCGCUGAAGAGUUAGGACUUUUUAAAAUCGGAGAGGAAAAUAUUGUUCAGGGCAUGUUUGGUGGAUUACAAAGCGAUCCAAAAAUUCAUCGCGUAUUCAAAGCAAAUAUUCAAAAUUUAGAACAAACUUUUAGCGUUGGUAUGUCUUUGCUUGAACAGGAUAAAAUAUGUAAUUAUAUACCAAAGCUAAAUGAUAUCAAUAUUAUUGAAGACUUAAAAUUAAAAAAUAUACUUGUGAAUGAUGUUGCUUCUAACGAUUUCGAAGUAAACUUAUUAAUGGGAGCAGAUAUUUUUGGAAAAAUUCUUACAGGAAAUA